AUGCGUCUCUCUACGCUUCUGUUGAUGCUUCCACUGAUUGCUCAUAGUGGCGCCGUCUGUAGAACUGCUAUCCAAGACGUUGACGAAAGCUUACCAGAGCAAAAUCGGUUUCUUCGGUUGAAUGGGGGAAUGCCUGGUGACGAGGAAGAGAGGCUCCUGAAUUUUGGGUCGUUAACAAAAUUGAUCCCGGGCACAAGUGCUUCAAGAAAAGCACAUGCAUUGAAAGCUGCACAAAAGGCAGAAGAAGCUGCGAAGAAGAAAAUUAUGGCAGAUAUUUGGUUCCAGAAGUUUAAGAGAUACGAAUACCUGUUCGCGACUGCGUUUUCGAAGUGGAAGAAGGAAAAGAUGUCCCCCGAAGAUGUCAGAAGAUUUUUUGAACAAAAAGGCGUGGCUGGUUCGGAGGUGAAUAGAAUCGCUGCACGCUUCUACACUUAUCGCAUGAGCUUAGCUCAUUGA